UAUUCUAAUAACGAACCUCCAACCCGGAAAAGGUGCUAAGAAGCAGACUUUUCUGUUAUCGAUCACACUGACAAAUACGCAGGGCGGGCAGGGGUCCUCUGGUGCACGCCGGACCUCCAAAAAGUUGUUUUUAAAACUUGUUGACUUCCGCCAUGUAGGUCUACUGGUGUCGUCGCAAGUGUGCUUCGUAGCGGUCCUGGGAGCUGGUUGUGUUGGGGCAAGAGUCUGCGAGGCGGUGACAUGUGAUAGCGGCAGCAUGCCGUACAUGGACCGACUGAACCGUGUGUGUGGAUUCCUGGAUAUCGAAGAGAAAGAGAACAGUUGCCGUUUCCAGAGACGUUACUUCAUCCUGGACACUCAGGGGAAUGCUUUGCUGUGGUACAUGGACAACCCUCAGAACCUGCCCAGUGGAGCAAGCUUUGUUGGCUGCGUGAGAUUAACCUAUAUCUCCAAGGUAAAUGAAGCUACUGGGAAGCAGAAGCCAAAGACAGAGUUCUGCUUUGUCAUCAAUGCAGUAUCCCGAAGGUACUUCCUCCAAGCCAAUGACGCGACAGACAUGAAGGACUGGGUCGCUGCUCUCAACCAGGCCAGCAAGAUCACCGUUCCUAAGACUGGUGCUGCACCUGCAAGAUCCGACGUGGCCUCAGUUAUCAGUGACACUUACCGAGUGGGGAAGCAGCAAGCAUAUAAGACGGAGAUCCACGGAGGCGUGGUAGUGCACACACCCAUCCUGAACGAGAGCAUCAAGCCUGAUGUGCUGAGGUUCGGUUACUGUGUCAAACAAGGCAAUGUUAGAAAAAGCUGGAAGAGACGCUUUUUUACCCUCGAUAACAAUGCGGUCAGUUACUACAAGUCAGAGAUGGACAAAGAGCCUCUGCGAGCCAUUCCCCUCAGGGACAUUCAGAAAGUUCAUGAAUGUCUCGUCAAAUCGGGUGAGCUCCUGCUGAGAGACAAUCUGUUUGAGAUCAUCACCGGAUCCCGAACCUUCUACAUACAGACAGACUCUCCAGAGGAUAUGCAUGGUUGGAUCAGGGACAUUGAGAUGAAGAUUCAGGAUUUCAGAGGCCCUAGCAAGGGAUUUUCAUUUAAAAGAGCUUCAUCUCUUUAUCGGAGUCACAACGCUUCGGCGAGUCGAAGCCACCGAGUCGUCGAGCAGCGGCCGACUCUGGUCAAGUCGUGCUCCGUGGCACCGGGCUGGCAGCCGUGGACGCCUAUCCCUGCAAAUGAGGCGUCCAUCUUGGAUGCGGACGACAACGACAGCGCUUUCAGCACCGUGCCCACAUUGGCCUCACUCUCCUCCUCCCCCAACUCUUCCUCCACGUCCUCCUCCUCCAACUCUCUCUCCACCCUAAACCCGUGCCCCGGUAUGCCUAUUAGUGGAUUGGGCAUCCUCACGGCAUCCGGAGACGUGGCAUGCGGGCGUCGGAGGCACCGUUCGCAGCCUCAGUCUCACACAGGCUCCAUGUUCCCCUUUAGCCUGGAUGAUGACAGCAUCCGCACCACUGAUGUCUAGGUUCUGUGGGUUCUAUGUGGUUCUUGUUUGUCUAUUUGACUGGUCAUUGUGGUAUAUCCCCCUACUAACAAGGUGACCCUGUGUCAAUGUUAUGACUAGCAACAAGGGCCCCCAGCUAGUCAUCUCAAUGUGUUGCAAAUGAUCUGGGAGCCAAGAGGAACAGUAGCGUUGAAUUGUUAGAGGGCUGUUUUAAAAAAAAAAAAAAAAGGAUUCUGUUGUUGGUUUGUGCAACUUCCUCAAAAACUUGAACUUUGAUUGUUGGACUGCAGGGCUACAAAUGGCACAUGCAUUUAACCAUUUGCACUUGUCUUCAAUUUGACCUUCUCUGCAGAAAAAAAAAUAUGCUAGAUGUUGUCAGCAUGUACUGUAUAUUUUAGUAGUUCAUAGGCCUCCUCUUUUAGCAUUCUUUCCGUGAUAGACGUGUGACGCAGCGAUUGUCAGCAUUCGACAAGCAUUUCCUGACCACAAACGAGACAAGUGAAAGUGUUCAGUCAACUUCAAUCUUAAGAAAACAAAGUUCACACAACAGUGUAGAUUGAAACAUCAGCCAUUGCUAAGCAGGAAGUGGUGGUGCCGUAAUAAAUAAUACAGCCGCUUCAUAUGGUACUUGAUGAAGAAUACAUAAUAUAGAUGAGCCGUUCAGAGGUUUCUAAAUGUGACCCACCCCCUUCCCUGCAGCAUUAUAGGGGUGUAAAAGCUGCCGUUUCUUUUAAUUUAUUAGCAAUUUUGCACUUCUUUGUUUUUUUUUAAACCUUUUUAUAUGCUUAACCACUUUCAAAACUUCCUUGAAGAUGUCUCAAAUAGUUUGUUGUAACACCCGAGGCUUCAACUCGUGCUUGAAUGCUUUGCUCACUCGUUUGUCUGCACAUGUUGGUUUUCCUUCUUUUAUAAUAAAUAUUUUAUAUUUGUCUUAUAACGUA